AUAGGUACUGUCUGUCGAGUGUCGUUCAUUUCAUGGCCAAAAGUUAAAAGUAACACGUAUUCGUUUCCUUGAAACAUUAGAAAAAGUGGCGCGGCAUGGCAAUACAAAGUUUGUAGCGCGGUUUAUUCAAAAUGUUGUUUUGUUUAUAGUAUAAAUUUAUAAGGAUUACCUACCUAUCAAUCGAAUGAUGUAGGUCAUCAGUAUCCGACAUGGUCAUUAAAGUAGGCAUAAAUGGAUUUGGCCGUAUCGGCAGGGUUAUAUUUAGGACUUGUCACCAAAAUCCAGAUUUAGAGGUAACUGCCAUAAAUGACCCCGCAAUCGACGUCGAUUACAUCUGUUAUUUGAUAAAAUUUGACUCCACGCAUGGGAAAUUUAGAGGCAGUGUCACUCAUACUCAAAAUGAAAUUAUUCUAGACGAUAUAAAAAUUAAGAUCUUCCAUGAUAAACUACCAUCGGUCGUCCCGUGGCACUCGGCGGACGUGCAGUAUGUGGUGGAGUCCUCGGGUAUCUUUACCAGCCUUCAGAAAGCUUCCGGUCACCUUGCAAGUGAAAGCGUAAAGAGAGUCAUCGUCACAGCACCCAGUGCCGAUGUCCCUAUGGUUAUUUUAGGAGUUAACGACAAUGAUAUCUCUAUUGGGAAAAAAGUGAUAUCAAGUGCAUCGAGUACUCUGUACUGUUUGGCACCGAUAGUGAAGAUCUUGAAUGAUCACUAUGGAGUGAACGAGGGUUUCCUUACCAGUAUCCACGCCAUGACACCCUCGCUCAAACCUUUGGAUGGGCUGUGCUUGAGGGGAAAGCACUGGCGCGACCACCGCAGCAUCCUGCAGAACAUAAUCCCGGCCACCACCGGGGCUUGCAAAGCCUUGGGCAAAAUCAUCCCGCAGGUGAAGGAUAAAUUGGCAGGCGUGGCUUUUAGGGUGCCCAUCGUCAAUGUUUCCGUGUUGGAUCUUACUCUAAGGCUCGACAAGGAAACAUGUAUAGAAGAGAUUACUAAGGCCGUUGAAGCUUAUAGUAAGGCUUCGAUGGCCAACAUAGUGAAAGUUUCAAACGAAGAAGCAGUGUCAUCAGAUUUCGUCGGAGACCAGCACUCUUGCAUCCUAGACGUUGAAUCCAGCCUCCAACUCAAAAAGAACUUCUUCAAACUCGUCUGCUGGUACGAAAACGAAUACUCCUACGCCUGCAGGGUCGUCGACUUAAUUAUCUUUUCCGAAAAUCAACACCAAUUAACGAAUCCAAGGAACAAAAUCACGUUUGUCAGAACACGCCCAAUUAAGAAACUAGUCGACGAAGAAAUACAGAGCAAAAUUCCAACGACAAUGAGCUCGCAAAUAACACACAAUACUUCCCAAAUCAGUCUGCGUAUACGAUCGCAAGAUUUACCAGUGAUCGUAAGAUCGGGACCAACACAAGACAUGUGCAACAAUGACGCAAUAUUCAGAAUUUGGAAGGACGAUGAAGUGAAGAAACACGUGAUACCAAAAAACACCAACAAUCGCAGUUCUGAUGAGAUACUCCCACCAAAACAAAUCGACAACGUCAGAGCCAAACAGCGUUUAGAAAAUGUCAAAAAAGAGUUUUCAAAAAUGGUGAGCAUUACAGAAAGACUCUUAAGCAAAUGUAGUAAAUUCCGUGAGGAUGAGAAAACUAAAGCAAAUUCAAUUAACAGUGCUGAUAAAAAUUCAUCGCAACAGAAUACAGUAGAUGAAACACCAUCUUUGAAUAAAAACUUACUUACGUCGGAUAUUUCUGACGACGUCGCAUGCAAUUUUGAGAACAGCAAGAACUAUUUAAGCACAGAAACGUAUAGUGAAAUAAACGGACACUCUUCAGCUUGUAAUACCAGUAGUUCUAAACAAGGAAGCAGUUAUAUAUUGAACUCUAUAAACCUAAGCAAUAGUACCAAUCUUGCUCAAAUGUCGGAAGAUGCUAUCCAAGCUAAAUAUAAUAAAAAAAUAAUGGUAGAUGAUAUAUUCCAAAAUCAAGUAGCGAAGACAAUCACUAAUUUAAUAGACGGAUUAAGUAACGUGAAUAUAAAAGACGAAGCUGGAGACAAUAUGAAUAUCAAACAAGAAGCACAUUUAAAGCAAUCUUUCGAAAACAAACACGAUAGUGGAUUUGUGUCGCCAUGUAAACAUAAGAGUGAUACAUAUGAUGAAAUUACAUCGACAAAGUUGGCUAUGACAGCAAUAACUCAUGUUGAAGUCAAACACGUAGAAAUAGAAGAAAAUACCGCAUUUAAUAGUACAUCGACACAAAUAGAGAACGAAGAACAGACUCGAGAAGAGAAUUGUCAGAAUGCAAAGGUGAAUUCGUCAGAAUUCAAUAAUUUUAAUACCGAUUGCCGUACAGACGUAUGCGUCAAAAACAAUGUUAGUACCAAAAUACCGUCUGAAAUUUUGAACAGUCUAAAUAAAUAUUUCGAUCCUUUAGUAAUAAAGGCUGAUAAUUCGAAAUGUGAAAGUUCUGUAAUGAAUACAUCAAUUACUAGUGAAACGAGCAGAAAAAUGGACAUAUACGAUAAAUUAGACAGCGUUAGUGGGAGUGAUUCAGAGAACUCAUUUCAAAUAAACGAAAGGAAGUCGCAGAUUAUUAAUAUUACAGAUUUGACGAACUCGAUAGAGGAUUUGGGGCGUUUGGACAAAAUUUGCAGAAUCAUUGAAAUAUCUGACGAUUUGUCCGACAGAUUGUUUUCGGCUCUAGGCAGCAAUGAAAACGCCGCGAUACAGAAAUCGAAGUGGUCGUUCAAAGAUUUGUGUCAAAAGAUAAAACUGGACGAAUUUUGUAACUCAUUGUUUGCUCAGUCGUGUCAUUAUGAACAAAAAAAAUAAAACAUUGUGUAAUAAUA